GCAACAGCAGCAGCAGCUCGAGUCCAAGAAUUUCAACCUCAUCCGCCCAAAGUAUCAGGAACAACACCCGGAAUGUGUUUCAUCUCAUCAGUCCUGUCAUACAGCACAUCCUGAAGAACAUCGAGUGAAUACAGAGAAUCUUCCUCAUCAUCAUCUUCAUCAUGUCAGUGAAGUCGGAUGGAGCCCAGAAGAAAUGGGCAGCAGUCAGGGGUCGACUGGGGUCGUCUCAGGACUCUGACCCCUCGCAGGACGCCAACCUAGAAAACGCAGACGCAGAACUCUGCAUCCGUCUGCUGCAGGUGCCGACCGUCGUCAACUACUCCGGUCUGAAGAAGCUUCUGGAGAAGAGCGAUGAGGUCUGGAUGGUCCAGUUUCUGGAGCUGUCUGGACUCGAUCUGCUCCUGGAGGCUCUGGACCGUCUGUCGGGACGCGGCUGCUCUCGGAUCGCAGACACGCUGCUGCAGCUGACGUGCGUUAACUGCGUGAAAGCAGUCAUGAACUCGUCUGCCGGGAUUCACUUCAUCAUCGAUAAUGAGGGAUACGUGCGCAAGCUGUCACAAGCUUUGGACACGUCCAACACGAUGGUGAAGAAGCAGGUGUUUGAGCUGUUGGCGGCCCUCAGCAUGUUCUCUUCAGAGGGACACCGGUUGGCUCUGGACGCCCUGGACCAUUACAAGUGUGUGAAGACGCAGCAGUAUCGCUUCAGUGUGAUUAUGAAUGAACUACAAGCCACAGAUAACGUGCCUUACAUGGUCACGCUCCUGAGCGUCAUCAACGCCGUCAUCUUCAGCACCGACGACCUGCGGCAAAGAGACAAGAUGCGCAAGGAGUUUAUUGGAUUACAGCUGCUUCACCUGCUGCCCAAGUUAAGGUGA